AUGGCCUCACAAGAGGGCGACCAUGUCACCAGUCCUCCACUGGUCGACUCACCAACUACUGAUGCAAAUGACGGGAAGAAGUCGGUGGCUUUUGCUGAAGUGCAGGAUGCCGCCACCCCCAACUCCGACCGAGAUGGAACGCCUCCCGACAUGGCCGAAGAUCUCGACGAAGAGUCGGCCCUGAAGAGCCUCACCGCAAACGUCCGCGACCAAGAAGACCUCGAGCGCGACAUUUCGCAUCAAGCAAGUCUUGCGUUAAUCGAAGCCGAGGACGCCAAGGACAAGAAUCGUAUCGCAAGGGCUGAAGCUACAAAGUCCAAGUUCCUGACUAGGAGGCAGGAACAACAACAAAAGUUGCGGAGAGCCUGGGGAAACACGCCAUUGAAGGAAAAGAUUCAGCAAGAAAUCGCUCGGAUUGAUGCCGAGAUCGAGCUGAUCGACAAGGACAUUGCAGAUUUCAACGCUCGAAUCGAAGAGAGACAGACGGCCGGUGACGAGGAAGAAAAUAAUGCUGCUGUAUCAAAAGGAAAGUUGCCUGGCGAAUCUCAAAGGGAAUAUCUGAUCCGUACUGGCAAGAUUACACCCUUUGCCAAGAUUGGCGGCCCGAGGCCAGAUGGUGUGCAAGGCGAACUUGCUGAUGCUAUAAUUGAUGCUGAAGACGAAGCCGUCGCUGAAGAAUUGGAGCUGGAGCAAGCGACUGACCAGCCGCGCUCUCACCGCAACCUGCGACUUCCUGGCUUCGCCGAGGAGCAAGAUGAUGCAUCCGCAGCCGUUAUUGAAAACGAGUUCUCCCUGCGGCCUAGGAAGAAGCGGAAGGUCCAAAGAGAAAGUGCGUCCUCCGAUGAGUUCGAGCCGAGCGCUGCUUCGGCUGCCUCUCCUGGCUCUGUCUCCGAGGGCGGGUCCGAGGAGUACGAUAUGACCGACCUCACUCGCACUGCCCCCAGGAAAACUCCCAAGAGCUUUCAAAAGGGUGAAACGACCUUUGAUUUUAGCAAAAUCGAUGAUGGCGACGAGUCAGCCUAUCAGCGGCGCCUUUCUGACUGGGUUGAACGCAGAAGUCGAGCGCGGAGGCGCAAACAAGAGAGCAAUGGUUUGCCAGUGGACAGUGAUGUCGAAGAGGAGUGGUACAAGCCUUCGCCCGACCAGCCCGAUCAUUACCUCGAGAACAACCUCAAACUGCCCGGUGACAUUUACCCAUCGCUGUUUGAUUACCAAAAGACUGGUGUGCAAUGGCUGGCGGAACUUUACGCGCAGAAGGUUGGCGGUAUUGUUGGCGAUGAAAUGGGCUUGGGAAAGACGAUCCAGUUGAUCUCUUUUGUUGCCGCCUUGCACUACAGCAAGAAGCUCACAAAGCCAGUCCUCGUCGUGGCCCCAGCCACUGUGCUGCAGCAAUGGGUCAGCGAGUUCCAUCGGUGGUGGCCGGCUCUCCGAGUUUCCAUCCUGCAUUCUUCCGGCAGCGGUAUGCUCAAUCUUGGAAACGAGGAGCGCUUUGAAGAUGAGGAGAUGUGGGAAGAUGCUGCUGCUCAGCCGAGGAAAUCAAGCAAGGCUGCAAAGAAGAUUGUUGACCGAGUGGUCAAGGAUGGCCACGUUCUGGUCACCACAUAUGCUGGCCUGCAGACUUACGGUGACGUGCUGAUCCCCGUUGAAUGGGACUAUGCUGUGUUGGAUGAAGGGCACAAGAUUCGAAACCCGAAUACCUACAUCACAAUAUGCUGCAAGGAGUUGCGCACACCAAACCGAAUCAUCCUCUCGGGGACUCCCAUGCAGAACAAUUUGAUUGAGCUUUGGUCCCUUUUCGACUUCAUCAACCCGAUGCGUCUCGGCUCUCUUGUAGCCUUCCGCAACCAGUUCGAAAUUCCUAUCAAGCUAGGCGGUUAUGCCAACGCGACCAAUCUUCAGGUGAUGACAGCACAAAAGUGCGCGGAGACAUUGAAAGACACUAUCAGCCCAUAUCUUCUGCAGCGCACCAAGAAGGACGUAGCAGCAGAUCUUCCCAAGAAACAGGAGCAGGUUUUGUUCUGCAAGCUGACCGCCGUCCAACGGGAUGCUUACGAGCAGUUCCUGAGGUCCGACGAGAUGAAUGCCAUACUCAACAAGACGCGCAAGUCGCUUUUCGGCAUUGACCAGCUGAGGAAGAUAUGCAAUCAUCCGGAUCUACUUUUUCCACAUCGAAAGAACAGACCGAACUACAAGUGGGGCUCAGCGCGUCAGUCGGGCAAAAUGCAGGUCGUCAAAAAGCUUUUACCCUUGUGGAAACGGUUCGGCCACAAGAUCUUGCUGUUCAGCCAGGGCGUGCAGAUGCUUGAUAUCUUGGAAGCGUUUGUCAGGCGGCAGGGUGACAUUAAUUUUCUUCGCAUGGAUGGCAAGACCCCAGUGAAGGAGCGGCAGAAGCUUGUCGACAAAUUCAACAAUGAUCCAGAGAUCCAUUUGUUUCUUCUGACAACCAAAGUCGGUGGGCUCGGCGUCAACCUUACAGGCGCCAGCAGGGUCAUCAUCUUCGAUCCGGACUGGAACCCUUCCACCGACGUACAAGCCCGCGAGAGAGCUUGGCGAUUGGGUCAGAAAAAGGAGGUCGUCAUUUUCCGUCUCAUGACGGCCGGUACGAUUGAGGAGAAGAUCUACCACCGGCAGAUCUUCAAGCAGUUCCUUGCGAACAAGGUCCUCAAGGACCCGAAACAGCGCACGACGUUGAAUCUCAGCGACAUGCAUGAUCUGUUCACUCUCGACACUGACCACGGCGGUGCCACGGAGACGAGUCGGCUUUUCCAAGGCAGCGAAGUCACGACGAAUAUCACGCCAAAGCCCAAGAUAGCACCUGGCAACGCGAAUUACGACCUCGAGGACCAGCAUGCCAGAAUGGCUGCAAAUAUGUUGACAGCAGAUGACAAGGAGGGUGAGGAUGACAAGCUCCGAGACAUCGACGGUGUAGCCGGCGUGGAAGAGUACAAGGACGGUGAUGAAAGCAACUCUGGUGACGAAGACCGCAUCAUGGCCGGAAUCUUCGCCCGGGGUGUCCACGAAGCCUUGGAGCACGAUGAGAUCGUCAAUGGCAAGAAGACAGUUAAGGCCGACCGGACUAUUCUUGAGCGCGAGGCGAAUCGCGUUGCCGCCGAGGCCGCUGACCAUCUGCGCCGGUCCCGCGAGCAGGCCCGCAACGUGCCCAUUGGCACCGUCACCUGGACCGGUGAGCACGGCCAGGCUGGUGCCCCACGCCUGCCGAAUGUCAAUCGUGGGCGAGGAGGACCCAGCUCAGCCGGUGUACUGGCUGGUAUUCGCGACCGCCAGGGCAUCGGCGGCGCCAGUGGUGGUGGCAGCGCCACGAGCUCUCGCUCGGCUACGCCACCGACGAACGGUCGGUACGGGGUGAAGGAGUUCAAGGAGAUGAUCCCGGCCUUCGUCCGGCGCCACGGAGGCAAGUGCCCAUCCAAGGUGCUCGUGGAUCACUUCAACCCCUACUGUCAUACGAAGAAGGCGACGGAGGCGUUCAAAGCGGCGCUGAACGCGGUGGCGAGGAUGGAGCAGGCAGGCAGCACGAUGAGAGGCAUCUGGACUUUGAGGGCGGAAUACAAGUGA